AUGGCCAGAAUAAAUUUAAAAUUCUCAUUCUCUACAAUUCUUCUUACAAUAGCCAUAGCUAUUUCAGCCUGCAGCAAACAAACCACGGCAAUCGAAUUAUGUUCGGGCGCAAGCGAUCCUCGGCUCUGCGAGUCACUCGUAAAAGGAAUGAGCGACGCAAUAGAAGCUACGGAAUCCAUUAUUAACAAAUUAAUUAAAGAAAUCGAAGGAGCGAAAAAGAAGGCGGGCAAAAAAGGUGGCACAAAUGAAAAUGUGGAGCUAUGUUUGAAGGAUUAUGAUGAUUCAAUUUCUGAUCUUAAAGAAGCUCUUAAACAUAUUAAGGAUGGUGAUAAGGCGAGCGCUCAGACAAAGCUUUCCGGUGUAAUAUCUUCAAUGGAGGCAUGUCAGGAUGCUUAUUCUGAGGAAGAUUCAGUUUCUCCGUUCACUAAGAAGAAUAAUCUUUUUAAAUUUACUGCAGAUACUUGCUUAUCUAUUUAUGAAAAAGCAUAA